UCUUUGGUUUUUUAGACCCGUACGGUGUAAAAUGUCAAAUGUCAGUGGUUAAUAAUUUUGUAAUCAUGGGGAAUCAUGUGUUCUUUUGGAUUUGUUUAUGUGGUGUUUUGUUAUCUAUUUCGGAAGUUUCUCCUGAAAGAACAAAAGAUAAAAUGUACGAAUCUAUUGAUGGAGCGGCAGCUUGCUUCAGAAGACUGAAUGGAACUCAUCAGUUCGGCUGCUCAUCUUCCCGCUCAGGCAGUGUUGGUGCUAUACACUUAAUUGAUGAUGAUGAUGACCUACUGUGGCUUUUGAAUAAAGGGGAUGCUCCACCUUAUAUGGCUGUUCUUGGUCCUGAUAUGUUCAAGAGGGAUGUGCUGUUGCCAUUGCGUGAUUCCGGAAAGGUCAGUGGUGUGUUGCUCGCAUAUGACACAGCUACUGAUCUGCCACAACACUAUUCACCUGACGAUACCUGCCCCAAUCGGUACUCAGGACAGAAGAAGUGUGACGACAAUGCCCCGUGGAACCCUGAGGGAAUGGGACUCCUGCAAAUUGACUGGGGCUUUCCAAUGUUCUACAUCAAAAGCAAUUCUAAUGAUAGUUCUGGGAACCUGCGGAAGAUAAGAGAGUGUCACCAGCGCUAUAACAGCGCUGACACUCAGGCUGGAUGGACACUUUGUGCUAUAGAGAUGAAUUCAUACAUGUCUGCAGCUGUCAGUUCAGAAGUGUGUGUUAGGCGAAAUGGAGUGAAAAAUAAUUUCCAUCCAGGUGAGACACAGGUCCACGUGUGUGACGCUCUUAUUGACCGUAACGUUUGGGUGAGCCUACCAGCUCUCUCACGAAAUCGUCCAGAUGCCGCUUAUGAAAACGGAACGGUCAUCACGGUUUCAGCCCGAAUGGAUUCCACGUCUAUGUUUGACCAGGUGGUGCCAGGUGCAACAAGCCCAGUCACAGGUAUAGUGGCUCUGCUGGCCACGGCGCACGCCCUUUCCCAGGUCUUCCCCCAGGAUGACACACAGCAAUCGAGCACUGUUCUUUUCACACUGCUGCAUGGUGAAUCACACGACUACAUCGGAUCCCAGCGUCUCUUGUGGGAUAUGCUGCACGGACAGUUUCCACAUCCUCCAAAUGCCGGUAUUGAUGAUCCUGUACACCUGCUGUACCCAAACCAUCUAAAGCUCUUUGUUGAACUGAGCCAGCUUUCCAACAGGCAGCAACAUCUCACUUUCCACCCAGCAAGCAGUGCAAAUUACAUCAGGGCUCAUGCUCCAGUGAUGGACUUCAUGGGCAACAUGACGGAAUUUGGACACAACUAUGGAAUUACAUUUACUAAGUCAACUACAGACACACUGCCACCUGCUUCUCUACAGACGUUUCUUGUGCACGAUAACAAACUACCUGGUGUGGUUAUUGCUGAUCACGAAGCUGGCUUUACGAAUAGGUACUAUAACAGUAUAUUUGAUGACGCAUCGACACUCAACUACACAUAUUACAAUGGCUCUGUUCCACCUGAGGAUUCACUUGCAUCAUUUAUAGCUAACUUCUCUACAGUUUUGGCACAGUCAUUGUUCUACAUGGCAACGAAAACAAAAAACACUAAUGCAUCUGUUGAUGCAACUCUGGUGGAUGAGUUGCUCCAUUGCUAUCUAGAGAGUAUGAACUGCUCAAUCUUCAAUGCUGCAACAUUCCAGAGCAGAUUUGAAGAUAAGCCACCUACAUUUUACAUAGGUGUCAAUGCUUAUCCAAGUGUAAUGGCGCAGCUGACAGGGCAGACAUUGGCAUACCUGACGGGGCAGGUCACGAACAAAACCAAGGAGCAGUGUGUCGCUGAUCCUCAGAGCCAGGUAUACCAGUACCUUUGGAUGUCUGGCAAGAAUGAAAAUGGAAAUUCAACUGGUGUUUGUGUUAAGACUACAAUGAAUUAUUCAAUAGCUGAAAGUCCGGCAUUCUCAAUAGAAGGUUAUGAUUGGGCAUCGGGCCAGUACUCAACUUGGACUGAGAGCACAUGGAAUGAAUUCAGAGUGCGCAUGUUUCUCAAGCCAUCAUACAAGCAUGAAGUAGUGACCCUGUGCAUUGGUAUUGCCGUGAUGUUUUUCUCAUUUGUGAUUGUGUUCUUCAUUAAUACACGCUCACAUGUCCUGUUUGGUGAUGUGGUGUCCCAGGAGGAACAGUCGGUAUUUGGCGAUAUGACAGGAACGAUCAUUCAAAGCAAAAAAGUCUAGUAAACAUGGGCUCUAAAAUGCAUACCUUAAGGGCUGUGAGCAGGUGUUCCACAGAAGAGAUGUUUCACACCAGUGAAGAUGAACAAGUGCUCAUGGCUCUUAAGAUAUGCACUUCAGAGCCCAUGUUUACUCGACAUUUUUUUCUUGUUUUGAUCCGUACUACCACCUCUCAAAAUAUGGGAAGCAAAGAGCUUGCAGUAGAAGAGAUUUGUUUCGCAGUAUUGAAGAUGAAGAAGUGCUUAUAGCUCUUAAGGUUGGUGGCGGCGAGUUGCUAGGGCAGCGACGCAAAUCAGAUCUCCUUGACGACCUUUCCCCGGCUGAGUGACUCGCUGUCGCCCAUUGCUCAGCUGUAAGAGGUCGGCGUUCUAGGACACCUGAUUUGCGACAUCUGUAAGGACUGUUGGCAGUGCGUCUGCGCUGCUGGGUGCCCUGCCCCAAAUAUGUUAUACUCUUGUAACAUUCCACAGAAUGAAUUGGAACGUUGGAGUGAACGGUGGUGUUUUGAAGUGUGCGGUGUGCAGUGAGGUUCUUCCCUCUUAUUUUAUCACUGCUGUGAGCUUGUUAUAUUUGUAUGUAUACUGUAUUUUUAAACAAGAAUGUAAAUACUGAAUUAUUUAUUAAUAUCGUUGUAUAUAGGCCGUAACAGCUUUCAGUAAUGUUAGGUAUAUAGUCAGUGUGUGUGACUGAUUGUGUACAGCAAAUGUGUCAUUUGCUAAAUGUGCUUUCAUUAUUGUGUGAAGCUGUUCUUACUGCCACCAUGACUUUACUGGUUCCAGCCAAAUACUACUUAUUAAUUGUAAACUCAAAUGUUGUACUUAAAUUACAAUCUCUCUAAAACUUUUAUACAAAGUAAAAUAUAAAAUAUUA